AUGAAAGGUGAAGUAAUCAAAGGUCCUCCAGGCACUCCAUGUGCUCAAAAUACCAGCCUGGGAUGGAUUCUGUUUGGCCACAUACAAAGCAACAGAGAAAAUUAUGAGGUCAGUGUCAUGCAUCUUAAUUUGAAUUUAGAUGACAUGCUGAGGAAUAUGUGGGAGCAAGGUACAGAUGAAAAAAGAGCAUUAACAGCAGAAGAAAAAACAUGUGAAGAAAUAUAUCAAGCUACAACGCACAGAACAUCAGAAGGACGUUAUAUUGUAAAACUUCCAACAAAACAAAAACCACUUUUAUCACCAUCAGGAAGAACAAGAGAUAUAGCACUGAGAAAUUUGUAUCAAUUAGAAAAGAAAUUCGAAAAAGAUCAAAGCUUAGAAAGUGAAUACACAAGGGUGAUGCAAGAAUAUAUAGAGUUAAAUCAUUUAGAGAGAGUACCAGAAAAUGAAAUUAACAACCCAGCAGUAUACCUUCCUCAUCAUGCCGUUGUAAGACAAGAUAAAGAAACAAGUAAAGUGAGAACAGUUUUUAAUGCUUCGCAAAAGGGAAACAACAACAUUUCCCUCAAUGAAGAGCUACUGGUAGGACCACAGUUACAAGACGACAUGAGAAGCUUAAUCAUGAGAUGGCGAAUGAAAAGGAUCUGUUUUGUUGCUGACAUCCAAAAAAUGUACCGUCAAAUUUUAUUCUCAAAAGAAGAUAGAGAUUUACAAAGGAUAUUAUGGAGAAAUUGCAAAAUCCAACCAGUACAAGAUUAUCGUCUCCUGAGAGUUACGUUUGGAACUGCUUCUGCUCCAUAUUUAGCAGUAAGAACCUUGCAUCAAGUUGCGGAAGACGAAGGUCGAGAUUACUCUGAUGCUGCCAGAAUUAUAAAGGAAGACUUUUACAUGGAUGAUCUGAUGUCAGGCAAGGACACACUUCAAGAUGCAAUCAAAGUAGCGAAAGAGAUUGGGUUUAUUUUGCAGAAGGGAGGUUUCACUCUUCAGAAGUGGUGCUCAAACAACGCAGAGUUCUUAAAACAAUUUGAACCCUCUGAAAGAAGUUCUCAAGUACACCUAGAUAUAAAGAUAGAUGGAACAAUACGGGCACUAGGCUUACAAUGGGACAUGGGAAAGGAUGUAUUUAAAUAUAGUCUUCACUUACCUUCUAUGGCUGAUACUGUAACUAAAAGAACAAUCCUAGCCGACAUUCAAAGAUUAUUUGAUCCACUUGGCUGGUUAGCACCUUCUAUAUUGCCUGCAAAAUUACUCAUACAACAUUUAUGGAUACAAGGAAUUUCAUGGGAUGAAGAAGUUAACCACUUAAUUGCAGAAAAAUGGAGAAAACUGCGAGAAAGCUACCAAUACUUACCUGAGGUAGAGAUCAACCGGUGGCUGCAUACAUCUGAAAAUGUAAUGAAUAAUGUUACAGUUCAUGGUUUUUGUGACGCAUCUACUCAAGCAUACGCUGCAGUUGCUUACUUAAGAGUUCAAACUAUAGAUGGAUUGGUUAAGACAGAAAUAAUCGCAGCGAAAACACGUUUAGCUCCUAUCAAACCUCAAUCCUUACCUCGUUUGGAGCUUAACGGGGCUGUACUCCUGGCGGGACUCCUGAAAAAAAAUAAAGGAAGCUAUGAAAAUACCCACCUGUCAAAUAUUCGCGUGGACGGAUUCCACCAUAGUACUCUCUUGGCUUUUUGGAGAUCCUGCAAGGUGGAAUACAUUUGUGAGAAACAGAGUUGUUGA